GUGCGUGGUACGUGCCCCGCCCCUCCCCGCCCGGAGCCCGGAUGAAGAGUAACGCCAUUACCGCCGGAGUCGCCGAGAGCCCUCGCGGACGGGGACUGGACACUGGACCGGCCGCGCCAUGAGACUCCUCCCCCGCCUGCUUUUGCUUCUCUUGCUCGUGUUCCCCGCCACCGUCUUGCUUCGAGGCGGCCCGGGAGGCUCAUUAGCAGUGGCUCAAGAUCUGACAGAAGAUGAGGAAACAGUGGAGGAUUCGAUAAUCGAAGAUGAAGAUGAUGAAGCUGAGGUGGAGGAAGAUGAGCCCACAGAUUUGGCAGAAGAUAAAGAGGAAGAGGAUGUUUCUAGUGAACCUGAAGCUUCACCGAGUGCAGAUACAACUAUCCUGUUUGUAAAAGGAGAAGAUUUUCCAGCAAAUAACAUUGUGAAGUUCCUGGUAGGCUUUACAAACAAGGGCACAGAAGAUUUUAUUAUUGAAUCCCUGGAUGCCUCAUUCCGUUAUCCUCAGGACUAUCAGUUUUAUAUCCAGAAUUUCACAGCUCUUCCUCUGAACACUGUCGUGCCACCCCAGAGACAGGCAACUUUUGAGUACUCCUUCAUUCCUGCAGAACCCAUGGGUGGGCGACCUUUUGGGCUGGUCAUCAAUCUGAACUACAAAGACCUGAACGGCAAUGUGUUCCAAGAUGCUGUCUUCAAUCAAACAGUGACAGUUAUUGAAAGAGAGGAUGGAUUAGAUGGAGAAACAAUCUUUAUGUAUAUGUUCCUUGCUGGUCUUGGGCUUCUGGUUGUUGUUGGCCUUCAUCAACUCCUAGAAUCUAGAAAGCGCAAGAGACCCAUACAGAAAGUAGAAAUGGGUACAUCAAGUCAGAAUGAUGUUGACAUGAGUUGGAUUCCUCAGGAAACUUUGAAUCAGAUUAAUAAAGCUUCACCAAGAAGAUUGCCCAGGAAACGGGCACAGAAGAGAUCAGUGGGAUCUGAUGAGCACAGUGGGGUAUUAAAAAAAGUCCAGUAUAUCUGGAAAACACGCGAAGGAUAACUAUUUGAAGUCUCUGAAUCACAAAGGUGAUUUAACUGUGCCCUUUUUUGUUCUCCUGCUGUCCCUUAUAUAGAUUUCUGUCAGUAUCUGUGACAGUCUGUCCCUUUGUUGACAUGUCUGUCUCCCUCUGCUAGGCUGUGAGCUUUCUAUCUUGUUUGCUUUUUUAUCGCCAGCUUCUAGUUCACAAUUACCAUGUGGAAACCUAGUAUAGUCAUGUGCUGCGUAACAUUUUGGUCAGCAUCAGAGCAUGUGCAACAAUGGCUACAGGUAUGUAGUGUGUAGAAGGCUGCACCAUCUAGGUUUGUGUAAGUAUCCUCUGAUGGUCACACAGUGAUGAAAUCGCCUAAAAAUGCAUUUCUCAGAACAUAUCCCUGUCACUGUGUGACACAUGACUGUACUCAGUGUUUAAAGAAGAACAAGAAGAUGUGGGCCAGUUUUCAUUUGCCAUUCUUCCAUGUGGUUAGUCUGGUUCAUACAUAUUCCUGGUGAUAACCCAAUAUCAUUGGCAGUUCUGUGAAGUUGUAGAAAGAGAUGGUGUGGUGUGUUAGCUUGGGAAUUAGGACACUUCUGAGUCUUGACAGUCUGCCCUGGCCACUACCCAAUGGCUACUCAUCCUGGAGUCUUAGUGGGUUCUUUUGUAAAUUGAGAGAUACUGAGAAUGUCAUUCCUAAAUUGUCUGAUUCUGAUACUUAUAAACCCUUAAUACAAAUGUUAUUAAAUGGUUCCUCCUUUAAAGCUAGUUGUUUACCUAUACUUGGCAAAAGGAAAAAAAAAAAAAACUUAUGUCGGGCUGCCUGGGUUCAAAUCUCAGCUCCCCUCUCAGUUGGAGGCAAGUUACAUUGCUGGGCUUCAGUUUUUGGUGCCUGUCUCCUAGGGUUGUUUGCAAUAUAUAUAUAUAUAAAGUGCUUAGAACAUUGCUGGGCACUCAAUAAGCUAUGUAGGUGAUCACUCUUCUUAUCAUUGUAGAGCACCAUAUUGUAAUAACAUCCCAUGAAACAUGGGGGCAGAGUAUAUGGUACUUUUUGUACUUCAAUGUGGAGUAAUAGUUAAAUUCUACUGAAUAAGAUAGGCAUGUCAUAUGGCUGGUACUGUGGAUUGAAUAAUGAACCAGAAUUAUUAUUAUUAUUCUGAUAAGACUGGCAAACGGAGUUUUUGUUUUUGUAAUAAAUGUUAGAAGCUGCACAUUCAAUUGUUCUUUUUCAGUCUGUUUGAAAAGGCAUUCCAGUAAUGUUGAUGUUUGAAACUCAUCUCUCAGAAUUUUUUUUUUUUAAUAGAAAAUAAUUGUGUAUAUCUGUGGGGAGAAUUUCUUUCAGUAUCAAGCUGAACCACUCAAAGUAAAUCAGUCUUAUUUCUGAAUAGUUAAGUUUUUCCUGAAAUCAUAUUGAUCUGAUCACGCAUCUUACUCACAUUUGUGAAAAUAGGUGCUUACGCUUUAAAUGCAUUUUAGAAGAGUAUGAGAAAUAUUCUAGUCAAGAAUAGUGUUCAGGAUGAGUGUAUCAAGCAUCUGCUCUGUGCUGUUUCAUGUGCAUUCUCAUUUAAUCCUUACACCUACUCGAUAACCCAGUUCUCCAUGAUGACACAGCCUCAAGGCGCUUAGAGGCACCCACUGUUCACAUUUGGUUUAUUACUAUUUCCAGCAUGGUUGGAAUAAGGUGUAUGAAUUCUUUGGCAGAGAGCGCAUUCACAGUAGUGCACAAAGUAUACUUACCUGUGUUCCAGUUGCAACACUUAGAAUUUGCUUGACAUUUUAUAUUCUCAGGUGAUUUCUGUAUCUUUUUAUGCUAUCAUAGUCCAGAGUCAAGCCUCAUUUAUAAAUACUCCAUCUAGAUGAUGGCUCUCUUAAAAGUACUCUAUGCCAUCGUCCGUGGUAGAUUUAAAGCAGUUGGUCCCAGGGCUAGUCAGUUAUCCCAGUUGGUUAGAGCAUGGUGUUAUAACACCAAGGUCAAGGGUUCAGAUCCCUGUACCAGCCAGACACCAAAACAAAAAUAAUAAAGCUGUUGGUCCCUAGUACAUUUGAGAACAGCAUUUCAUUUACUUGAACCCCCUGAACAGUCUGUUCGAGUUGUAUGCAUUUUAAGGUCUUGCAUUUAAUAUCUCAUCCUAUUCAUAAUCAAGUAACCUUCUUAUGACCAAAAAUUACUGAUUAUGUAUUUUUUUUACUUUGGCCCUACAAGCCAAUAGCACUCUGUCUCUCCACUUUGUGGGAAAUCAGGUCUAGAACAGGCUGCAGGUACGACAGUGGCUGAAGGGUCACUCCAAAUGGCGAUAUGAGAAUGUUCUACCUUGACUCAUUUUUUAGUUGAAGUCCACUUGAAUAGUACAUACCUGCUUUAGACUGAAUGAAGCCCCCUGCCUAGAAGUGCUCUCAUUUCAGGAACCUCCAGUAAGAUUCUGUGACCCAUUGGUCACCAGACUGGCUUUUCACAUAUGGGCUGAUGGCCUCAUUGAUGUGGUUUCAAGGAAUAGCCCUGUCCGUGUGCAUUCGUGAUCAUAUAUCUACUGUGAGGAUGGCCAUGCUGACUGCAGUCUGCACAAGCAACUCAGAACUGUUGAGUCCUUAUGGUUGAACCUCUUCUUGUCACCAACUCCUGUCCCUUCCUGAUUCGUGAGACUUUUAUCUCCUGAUGUAAACCUCCUUUUCUGCUGUCCUAUCUCCAGCUUUCCUUUUGUGCCCACCUAUGUGAAGACCCUCCUGUCUUAAAGUCCUUUGCAUGAGUCUCCUGCCUCUCUAGCUGCAUUCUUGUUUUGUGGUGGUUUUCCCUCUUUGUCAAAAUGUCUCCUAUGCUUUUGGCUUCCUUUUCUUCACCAGGCUUUCAGUCUUUUAAAUUUCCUUCUAAUUUAGCUUCCGCCCUACAAAGCCUGCUCUCUCAGGAUCUCAUGUCUGUCCCCUUGCCAGAGCCUUCUGCAGUCUCAUUUUCCUGGCCUCAUCUUGUGCCUGUAACCCACUGACCACUGGUCCCCAAAUUCGCCCUCACUUUUGUGGUCCUGCUUAGCCCCUUUUCUUGUGCUGGUUUUGUUAACCAACCCCACGUGCUCAGGCUUGUUGUCCCGCUCUCUGGACUAGUCUUUGGAGAGCUCCACAGUUCUCAUGGCUUCAUCUGUUAACGGUGUCGAUUACUUCGAUCCUGUUUUUCAGCCCUACAGUAUUCAUGCCAUCCAACUGCUUGUGAUUCACUUUCACUUAAACUUUUUAUUGUAACUUCAAACCAACAAAUUACAGGUGCUUCCUUCUGUCCGUACACCUCCCCAACCUAACUUUUUGUCAGUCUUCAGCAAUGUGACUUUCCCAUUUAUCCAACCUUCAAUCUUAUAGAGCUAUGACUAUGGUAUUUUGCACAUCAUUAUUUAAUAAAUGAUUACUAAUUUUAGUUCUACUGCAAAUAAAAUUAGAUUUCAGUUCUCUCCACUUAAAAUCUAGCAAUUUAUAGAACUUUGAAGAAAUCUGAAAUUUAUUUAGUUUGGGUGAAAUACCUCUGGUUCAAAAUAUUUCUUUUUAUAUUUCCUAAUUCACUGUGGGAGGUAUUGGAUUUGCUGUUUUAGUUCUAGAGCUGCAAACUCGGAAUGUGAUUUUUUGGCAGUGUAUUUUAAUCAGGUUUGUUUAUGAUAAAGCUGCAGUGUGAGGUUUUUAUGUGGUGAUUAUGUCUGAAAAUGUUAUUUGGCUGUCUUUUGGGACUGACUAUAUGUAAUGAAAAUGGGAGGGGAGCAGUAAUCUCUGAAAUUCUUGUUCUGCUCUUUGAGUAUCUGGAAAUCACAAAUUUUUUUAACUUUGGUAAACCCGAGAUGACCCCUUUUCUUUCUUGGUUAUUUCCAGUGGUCUGACCUACUGCUAAAACUGGUCUGCUGGCCUGUCAAAUGCAUCUUUUUAUUUACUUAUCCCUUAAUUAAAGCUGAUCUUGAAAAUAUUUGUGUGCAAUAUGAAAUGUUUACUAAAGUGCCAAUGCACAUUAUUACUUGGUCUUAAAGAUGAGAAGCACAAGGGUAAUCUAAAAUAGUAAGCAUAAACAAAAAAAUGAAGAAAUUACUAUUUUCAUUUUAAUUUCCUCCUGGAAGUCAUAAAAAAAUUUAUACAUUUUGUGCAUCUAAAAUUUAGACAUUUCAGAUAACAGUGGUGUUAGGUGGUUUAAGAUGAGUUUUACAUGUGCUGUUUCACCUGGUUGGCUUUUCAUAUAAUGGUUAUAGACACUGUCCUUCCCACACAUGUGUUAAGAGUAUGGUCUUCCCCACACUCCUCUUCCGCUCACAUAUUGAGAGUUUGGGUUCCCAGUAAUUGCAUACACUGCAAACUCUGACUGCCUAAAUAUUUCCAAGCAAGCAGAGUUGAGUCUUUGAUUUAAUUUUCUCAUCAAUACCAGUGAGUACCUAGGAUUUCCUUUUCUCCAAGAUUUUAUUCUAAGUGGUAGAACUGAAUUAGGGUAUUCUUUGUAGAAAAAGUAACUUUUGAUUAUAGGCUGUGCAAACUUUGGGGAAUCAGUCUUUGUAACUAUGUAUUGUUUUUAGCCUUCUCUGCUGAAAGGAAAAAAAUGCUUUGAAGAACAAAAAAAUAUUGACAGUAAGAACCAGCAUUUUUAUGUCUUCUCUACAAUGUUGGAACUCUCAGUAUUAAAUUUCAGAUUAAUCUGAAGUCUAAAAAGAAAUAUGUCAAAAUGCUAAAGCAGUUUUUGUGUUAGGAUGG